GGGAGGGAGAGGAUCAUUUUCGAGAUGGGGAGCGGAGAGUUUCCAUAAGGCACCAGAGAGCAGCGGCUUUACAACAUCUUGUUCUCUCGUGUUUGUAGCGGUUCCUGUGUGUUUUGAGGAGCACACAGAUAUGGUGGUGCUGAGGUUGGCCGUGCUACUCCAGGGGCUGCUUCUCGCAGCACGAUGUGAGGUCAGAGCCAGAGACCCAGAGGUAGAAGAGGAGGACGAGCUGAAGGACAUGUCUGAUGGUCGUGGAUGGGACCAUAGAGUUCCACUGGUUGGGUUUGGAGCACCUCAUCAUGGUCAAGGACUAAACAGGCAGAGCCCUGAUGUGUAUGGGUCUGUCCACCAUCCACUUGGUCAUGGACACCAUGAUCCCACUCCUGGACAUCUUUCUCCAGACGUGCCUGAGGGAACAGGGGACCCAUCAGAUCCAUCAGCUGGAGGCUCUUUACUCCGCACUGGGAAUUGGUGUGCGUUUGUUCACAAGCGUGCUGUUACUGUGGCAGUAUCCUGUGGAACUGAGAAGUACACCAUCAAGUCCCAGAGUCCCUGUCCUAACGGCACCCCAGACUGCCAGCUAGUCAUGUACAAGCUGUCCACUCGGCCAGUGUACAGACAGAAGGAGACAAUCUACACUGCUCUGCUGUGGCGAUGCUGCCCUGGGAAUGCUGGGAAAAACUGUGAGGAGACAGUCACAGACGGCCACGUCUCAGAAUCUGAAGACCCCAGCAUGGCAGGCACAGCACAUCCAGGGGGACAUGAAGCGACAGACAGACGACAUAACAAACUAACUCGGGAGAACGGAGAGCAGAAUGAUUACCAAAUGUUUGGCGGUCCACCGUAUGAAGCUCACCAACCUGAUGUAGAGAAUCAAACUGCAGCAGAGCCCACUGAUGACUAUGAGCACAGCCGUCAUGCUGGCCAUGACCACUUUGAGAGGAGAGAUCCUUAUGCUGUAAAUGAAGGUGUUCCUCAACCUGAAACUCCUUACCUUCAUCACGGGCUCCUACCAAUCUUGAAAGAGGCUGUGAUGUCUCAGCUGCAACCUGUGUUGGACAGUUUCAAUCUAACCCUGGAACGGCUUUCUCAGGAGGUGCAGGGUUUGCAGCGGGACAUGGCCCAACUCCGACAUGAACAGGGGCAGGGGAGGGCCACUGAGCCUCUGGAGGUUGGUGGUGAGGAGCACAAUCCACAGGAGGCUGUUGAGGCAGAGUUGAGGGAGAGCUUACAGAAGCUGGAGGAAGUGAAAGCUCAGUUUCACAACCACCGCGAUGAGGUAGAAGCGAAGCUCCACUUGCAGCAAACCAUGAUGCAUUACAACCUGACGAAUUUCAAGACAGACAUAGAUGUCAAACUCAAACAUAACCAAAAGAUGUUACAGGUGAAUCUCCACUCCCUGAACACGUCAAUGUCUGAAGUGCGGCAGGAGCAGGAGAGGCUGGACGAGGAACUUCAGAAGAUUUGGCCUGAAAAGAAGACCGAUCCUGCACAGAGUCAGUCUUAUGAGAGCACAGCUGUUUGGGAGGCCAUCACACGUCUGGACAACAAAGUCAUCAACAACACAGUGAGACUUAGUGGCUUGAUUGAAGGCCAUGAACAAGUGACUGCAAACAUUAAGGACCUCCAGAAUGGUUGGAGAGAUCUAGACAAGAAAAUAGUCCAGACUGGCCUCAAUAGCCAGGUUCAGUUUAUGGAGACCGGUUUAGAGGUGGAGGCAGCCAAGGUAGCAGUUCUUGACCGCAUUAAUGAGCUAAACAGCAACAUCAGUGUUCUCCAAAGCACCCUGCAGGAGAUGGAGACUGAUGUCGACUAUCUCUAUACAGAGUAUUACAAGAAUAUAAGUUCGGCAAGUGGGGAUUGUGACUGUAUUGCGCUUGGAGCAUCGGUGACCCAGUUGGAAGAAACUGUAGCUAAUGUGAAAGAGAUGGCGAAUGAAAAUAAGCUGGCCCAUGAGCGUGAGGCUCAGGAGAUGUUAGACAGUCUGUCUUGGAUUCCAACCGUGGAAGAUCUGAAACUAGGGCUACUAAAUGUGCAAAAGUCUCUUGCUUUUGAACAGGAAAAGAGCAGAAUGUUACAGCACAAUGUGAUGCAACUCCAGGCCUCUCUACUGGGCAGCCAGCAGGACAUCGAAACACUCCAAGAGCAUGAUAGGGCCAAGGUCGAGAAGAUCCAGCAACUACAUAGCAUUUUCAACACCUUGCUUCUGGAUGCCAUUCGUCAUUCGGAGGUACUGGAGAUUUUGCUUGGGGAAGAGGUGUUGGAGUUCAUGGCAUGGUCUCCUGAGGAAAAAAGACGUUUCUCUAUACCAGAAUUGAGGGAAAGCAUCAGAGAUAUGCAAGAGCAGAUCAAUGGACACAGUCACAGCUUGGCCUCAAUGCUGAACUCUGCUGCCCAUCAGGUGACGGCAGCAGAUGAGCCCUCAGUGCUUUCAGACUGGGCCUCGGUGGGCAUCAAAAGGAGACGUGGGGAUGAAAGGUUUGACCUAUCCGAGGAGUUGCCAGAGUACUCUGAUAAUGACUUCUGGACUUUAAAGAAAAUGGUGAAGGAACUUGGAGCUGACAUUAAACAGCUUGAGGAACAUCGUUGUCCUUCUUGCUGCAACUGCACUAAAACUGCUAAAACUGCUGCCACUGGUGGUGUGGAGGUGAAACUGCAGUCUGAGGUGGAUACUUUGCGUAAGAACCUUGAGACCCACCUUGGAGUUUUCAACAGCAUUUUCAGUAAUACAGAAGGACUUACUGGCUCUGAGAUAUCUGUAGAUUUGAAUAAACUGUCAGUUUUGAUGAAGAGAAAGGAAGCAAAACAGCAAAACAGGAAACAAAGGAAGAGAGCAGAUAACAGAGCUGUUCAGACAGGAGAACGAGUGAAUUACCGCAUCAAAAGGGAUGCAUCACUGGAGUCUGCAGUGCUUCGUCAGCUCCCAGAUAGUCCAAUUAUGUUCCUGGCCAGCACUACAGAAGGUGCUAACGGAUCUGGUACGGUACUUUUUGAAAGCGUGACCCUAAAUCAUGGACAGUUAUACUCGCCAAAAACAGGCAUAUUUCGUGCUCCUACUUCUGGUGCUUACCUCUUUGUGGUAACACUGGACUUUGGACCAGGCCCAUCUCUGGCUCAAUUAAAGAGAGGUGGAGAGGUAGCUGCCUCCUUACGGCAGAACCCGAGGAAGUUGGGUGCACCUGCAACACGUGUCUGCAUCCUGCAGAUGGAGCAAGGAGAGGAACUCCGUCUAGAGCUGGUGCAGGGAACUAUAGAGUGUAACAACCCACAAGAUAACACGUUUGCGGGUCUACUAAUGCUGCAGACCACCUGAGAACAUGCGACUAACUAAAGGUGCAAAAGGACUGCAUGAUGGCAAAAAUAUGCUUUUUUUUUUUUUGCACUGCUCGCCACUUAAAUUUCUCAUUCAGGAUCUGAGAGACUAAAAUAACAGCUAGCAAUUAUGAAAUUUACAUUUGGUUUCAGUGGGACAACUACGAAAUUAUUACUUAUAAGCCCUAAAAUAGGUCAAGGUAUUUUACUUUUUCAGUAAAUA